AUGGCUACGACGGAAUCCAGUUACCGCUCCGAGCUCUCGGGCUUCCGAUGGGCGCAAGGGCGGACGGAUGACUCGCGUCCGCAGGCGGCAAGUGGGCCGUCGAGCUACCUGUCGACGCUCACCAACAGCAUAUCGGGCUACGUGCCGUUGCGAUCCAACGAGCGCACCAACGAGGAAGAGGCGUACCUGAGCCUGAGUCGAUGGGAGCGCUUCCUGGGCUUCCUGGCGUGCAUCGCGGGCGCGGCUGUGUGCUUCUUCUUCAGCUUCAUCUUCCUCUCGCCGCCCAUCCUGGCGCUGCGACCGCAAAAGUUUGCGCUGGCCUUCUCGCUGGGCAGCAUGCUGUUCAUGAUCGGAUUCUCGGUACUCUCGGGACCGCUCGCGCAUCUCAAGCACAUCUGCAGCAAAGAACGACUGCCGUUCUCGAUCGCCUACUUUUCGUCACUUGCCCUCACCAUCUACUUUGCCGUCGGCCCACGCAAGAUGCUGCCCACGCUCAUCUUCGCCGUGAUCCAGGUGGGUGCGCUCAUCACUUACUUGGCCGCAUACUUCCCCGGCGGCACCACCACAUUGCGGGCAGGAUGUUUGGAUCAGGACUUUUGCAAUGCACUUCUCUCUGGUAUACGCCAGAUGGCCGACGAUAGCAAUGCGGUCGGCGUGGGCGCUCCACCACCACGCCUAAGCCGGGCUGGCUCCGAUGGCGGCAAGGGGCCUAUGGCAGCAUGCAGCCUGACCGCACAAGCGAGUCCAGGGUGCAGCCCAGGGUUAAGUCGGCAAGUCCUCACUACGCCGCGCCCAUCGCACCCACCAGGGCCGGAAGAAGGGCUCGGGUCGGACCGUUCCGCCGUACCGAACCGCCUUCCAAAAUCACAAUCCAUCGCUACCUCUUCGGAUCGAUUAGGCAGCCUGCUCCAGCUGUGCUUCCUCAAUACUCCGAGCUUGGCGAGGAAGUUCUUUGGAUCCGUUGACGGCGCCAAGCAAACCGGUAUGGCAGGUGUUUUUGCAAAGUGGGCACGGCGCGCGGGCUCACCGGCCAGGGAGAACGUGGAGACGUCGGCCAAGCAGAAUGACGUUGCUGCACCGGGGCGGGGUAGAAGAAUUGCGAAAACCCCGCCCGUCAUGGCUGCCCUCGCGCGCGCGCGUUCUGCAGCUCAGCGAAGACGUGCAGUGCUGGUGCACUGCUCGAUCGCUCACUCAUCGCAACUCCAGCAACCCCCGCUCGCCCACCGCGCUUUCCCGCACUUUCUGGUCUCGGCUGUGCCGACUCGUAUCCAGGCUGAGCCUUCCUUCCCCCUCUUCGAGUCGCCGACGCAUCGUCGUCCGUCCGCAAUCAUGGCUGACCGCAGUCACCCCUCCGCCAAGCCCGCCGCAAGGACGGUGCUCAACCUCGGCAACCUCCCUCCCAAGAAGCAGGGCUUCGGCGCCGCCGCCCAGUAUGCCCGCACCCCCUCGCGUGUCGACCCCAACAACCCGCCUUGGCCCGCAUACCGUGGCUACCACGAGUUCUCCUUUGCGCAUGAAACCAUGGGCAAGCGCUUGCCCACCAUCCUCGGCAAGGCGGUGGACGACGUCAUCAAGACUCUCAAUGAGCAAUACGAAGAGGAGAAGAUCCUCGACCUGGCAAAGUGCAUCGAGCGCAUGCAGACGCUCAUGGACGACCUGCACAAGAACGCCAAGCUGCGCCCCAUCAUCGACGACGGUGAGGGCGACAUCCCGCUGUGGAACAAGGAGAUCGCCAAGUUCUUCCGCGGCAAGGACUUCAUGAACGCCCCCUGGCUCUUUGCCGAGGCGUACAAGUACCGCCGUCUGCACGAGUGCUUCAGCAUCUCCAAGCACUGGAAGGACUACGACGUCUUCUUCCGCCAGAAGUGCGACACCUUCUCGCGCUCCGGCACCGCCGUCUUCGAGCUCUCGACGCGCUUCGCCGAACCCUUCGCCUACGAGGAGGGCGCCUCCGAGAGCGACAAGCUCAAGGCGCGCGAGCUCCUCUUCCACGAGCUCACCCAGGUAUGCCUGUGGGGCAACGCCACCGACCUCUCGCUGCUCAUCAACAUGACCGAGGAGGACAUCAAGAACCUCCAGUCCACCGGUGGCGAGCAUCUCGCCGCCACCGAGAAGAACAUCCUCGGCAACCACCUCGACCGCCUCUGGAAGCUCGUCAGCAACAUGAAGGGCGGCCGCAUCGACUUUGUGCUCGACAACGCCGGCUUCGAGCUCUACUGCGACUGCGUCUACGCAGACUGGCUCAUCCAGUCGGGCAUCGCCAACGAGAUCCACUUCCACGGCAAGCGCUUCGCCUGGUUCGUCUCGGACGUCACGCGCAAGGACUGGGAGUGGCUGCUCAACUCGAUGCUCUACGGCUCGCUCUUCCCGCACGCCUCGGACGCCGAGGUGCAGUCGCUCAAGCAGAUGGGCCUGCGCUGGAAGGACUACGAACGCAAGGGCCAGUGGAUCUACGAGCAGCAUCCGUUCUGGUGCACCGGCUACACGUUCUGGUCCAUCUCGCAGGAGGCGCCCGAUCUGUUCCUCCACCUCGCCGGCUCGGACCUCGUCAUGUUCAAGGGCGACCUCAACCACCGCAAGCUCACGUACGACUGCCAGGCGCCCAGCGAUACGCCGUUCGACAUGGCCAUCGGCCCGCUCGCCAGCGACGACGGCGCGCCCCCCGUGGCCUCGCUGCGCACCAUCAAGUCGGACGUCGUCGUGGGCGUGCCAGGCGAAGUGUCGAACAAGCUCGAUGCCGAGGAGCCCGGAUGGAGGAUCAGCGGCAAGUACGCCGUGGUGCUGCUCUCGGACGGCCUGCCCGGCAAGCCCGUCAGCUUCAACCAGCAGUAG